GCUUUUAUGCAUCCCUCUCGCUUUUGCUCGCUGAGAGGAGAGUCUGGCCAGAAUCCGACCCUGCCCUACUCUCUGCCGCUUUUCUCGCUCGCACACACACGCGCCUGCAUUUGCAAACACACGUACAUACACGUACACACACACGGAUGAACUCGGGAUACAACCCCCGUUUCCGAAAGCGCGCACGCAUGUGCUCGCGCGCUCUGCAAAAGUAGUGUGCCGAGGCUUGCAUGUAUCUAUCUCGCGCGCACUAGUGUGUCACGGGGUUUUGCGCGCUCGCUUGCAGAGAGAGAGGAGAGGAGAGGAGGAGGAGGAGGAGCAGCAGCAGCAAAGAGAGAGAGAGAGAGAGAGAGAGAUGAAAGACGAAAACUACGCUACUCCUUUCUGACUACUCUCGCGCUCUAUCAGCUGAGCGACUGGAGCACUGCAGCUCGCUCCACCAGACGAGCAGAGAGAAGCAACUUGUUCGCGACCGUAUAAACGAGUGCAGUGUGUCGGUGUGCAGUUCGUUUGUUGUUGUUGUUGUUGUUGUUGUUGUUUGUUUUUUCAACUUGUUGUCGUUUUCCACUUUCCGAUCACCAUGUGCUAUGGUUGAAAGGACAGUAUAGAGAAAAGUGGGCUCGGAGCCAUGAGUGAAAGCAAGUCGAACUGAGGCGGAUCUCGCGAGACGAGCCUUUGCCUGCUGCAGCCUCGAGUUUAUUUAGAAUAGUGUCGCGCCUCCUCCUCGUGUGCCUCCACUACGAUCCACCUUCCCGCGCACAUUAUCGUUGCCUUAAAUACGUGUUUAUUAUUUAGCCAGCCGAUCGAAAGGGGAUAAUUGUCGUGUGUGCGUGUGUGCCACGCGGGCGCACGCGUGUGUGCUGGAACGUGUACGCGACGAGUGUCGAUUAUCGUUAUAGCCCAUCGUCGUACAUGUGUCGGUCGGUCGUUGUGACGAAAAAAGAAAAAAAAAAUAAGUGGAGCCUCUCGUCGUUCGCACUGCCACUGCCAGAAAAAGAGCCAGAUCUACGAGAGCAUUACCACUGUGUCGAGAGUAUAAGAGCGAGAGGCUGCUCUUUCGAGGUUAGGAGGCUGAGAGGGAGGAGGCUGCUGUGUGCUACUGCUGUACUACUGUGCGCCGAUCGAAAGCUCCGACUCUCUCGCUCGUCUUGUCGCUAAAGCUCAGCUCCCCUUGCACCAGUCCAGCGGCCUGUGUGUGAUACAUAUAUAUAUAGAAAUCAUUGUUGUUGUGAGUUCGUGCGUGCCGCCUGGAGCGAUAUACACGACGUAAUAUAUUAAUUAUAUAUAUCAUAGUAUAUAGCCGUGCGCCGAAAAAAUUAAUAUCCCCGAAUGAGCGAGGGCGAGAGCGACGAGAGCAGCAGCGGCAGCACCAUGAGCGACGAGAAAGCCGAGUGCAUCAGGAACAACGAUGCCGCCGCUCCGGUCGCCGAUAACAAUGCAGCCGCGGCCGCCGCCGCCGCAGCGGCUGCCAGCAACGCUCCAGCUGCAUCUGGUGAUGUCAGCGAUGCCGGUGGCGACGGAGAGCCAAUAGUCAGCGGCGACGCCAAGGAUGGAGCCGAAUACGGACAGCUUUACUUGUACAAAGAUGAAUUCGAACACAGACCAAGGGCGGCGACGCUGCUCAAGAGCCUAUCGGAGUACACCAACACGAUACCGGCGCCCGUCGAUCCCGAUGCCAAGACACCGCCCGCGGGAGGCAAAACCGGCGGGGCCAAUAUGGGCACCCUCAUCGGCGUCUAUCUGCCCUGCAUCCAGAACAUCUUCGGUGUCAUUCUUUUCAUUCGGUUGACGUGGGUCGUGGGUACCGCAGGUGCUAUCCAAGGCUUUCUCAUCGUUCUAACAUGUUGCUGCGUCACGAUGCUGACAGCGAUAAGCAUGAGCGCGAUCGCGACGAACGGCGUCGUACCUGCUGGUGGGUCUUACUUCAUGAUAUCGAGAAGUUUAGGCCCGGAAUUCGGCGGGGCGGUCGGCAUGCUGUUCUACACGGGCACUACGCUUGCAGCUGCCAUGUACAUUAUCGGUGCGGUGGAAAUCGUCCUGACGUACAUGGCGCCCAGUUUGAGCAUAUUUGGCGACUUCACCAAGGAUCCGAGCAUAAUGUACAACAAUUUUCGGGUCUACGGGACGGGUUUGCUCAUCGUCAUGGGACUGAUCGUCUACGUCGGUGUGAAAUUCGUCAAUAAGUUCGCCUCGGUGGCCCUGGCCUGCGUCAUUUGUUCCAUCAUCGCCGUGUACAUCGGCCUAUUCUACAACUGGAAUGGCAACGAUAGGCUAAAAAUGUGCGUGCUUGGCAACCGUCUGCUCAAGGACAUCGACGUAGCCACCAACUGCAGCAAGUACUCGGUCUUUUUGAACGAGACCUUCUGCACGAACGCCCGGGGCGAGAUGUGCAAUCCCUACUAUCUGACGCACAACGUCACCGUGAGGAACGGCAUUCGCGGCUUGGCCAGCGGAGUCUUCGUCGAAAAUCUUUUGGGAAGUUUCCAAGAGGAAGGGAUGUACAUCGCAAGCGGCAGCAAACCGGAAGAUAUCGAUCACAUGGGCGGUAGUCCGUUCAAUCAGAUCCAAGUGGACUUGACUACGACCUUUACCAUCCUCAUUGGUAUAUUCUUCCCGUCGGUCACAGGUAUCAUGGCUGGGUCGAACAGAUCGGGCGAUCUGCGCGAUGCUCAAAAGUCCAUACCCAUCGGUACGAUAGCCGCUAUCUUAACGACAUCGACCGUUUACCUGUCCUGUGUGUUGCUCUUCGCCGGUACCGUUGACAAUCUGCUGCUCCGAGAUAAAUUCGGUCAGAGUAUCGGUGGCAAGUUGGUGGUCGCCAACAUAGCCUGGCCCAACGAGUGGGUCAUUCUCAUUGGCUCCUUCCUCUCGACCCUCGGUGCAGGUUUGCAGUCAUUGACGGGUGCCCCGAGGCUGCUGCAAGCCAUCGCCAAGGACUCGAUCAUACCGUUCCUGGCGCCGUUCGCCAAGAGCUCGAGUCGUGGCGAGCCCACUCGCGCCCUCGUGCUCACCAUCGGCAUCUGCCAGUGCGGCAUUCUCCUCGGCAACGUCGAUUACUUGGCCCCGCUCUUGUCCAUGUUCUUCCUCAUGUGCUACGGCUUCGUCAAUCUUGCUUGCGCUGUGCAGACCCUGCUGCGUACACCCAACUGGCGUCCGCGAUUCAAGUAUUAUCACUGGAGUCUGUCGUUCAUCGGACUGUCGCUCUGCAUCGCCGUAAUGUUCAUGACGAGCUGGUACUACGCCCUCGUCGCCAUGGGCAUGGCUGGCUGCAUCUACAAGUACAUCGAGUACCGGGGCGCCGAGAAGGAAUGGGGCGAUGGCAUACGCGGUCUGGCCCUCUCCGCGGCUCGCUACUCCCUGCUGCGCCUAGAGGAAGGCCCGCCCCACACGAAGAACUGGCGACCGCAGAUCAUCAUCCUGUCCAAGAUCACCGACGACCUCGUGCCCAAGUAUCGCAAAUUGUUCGCGUUCGCUUGCCAGCUCAAAGCCAGCAAAGGUCUCACCAUCGCUGUGGGCGUCAUACCCGGUGAUUACAUUCGACGAUCCGGUGACGCUGCUGCGGUCAAACAGGCGCUCAAAAGGACCAUGGAAGAGGAGAAGGUCAAAGGCUUUGUCGAGGUACUCGUGUCACGCAGCAUAAUCGACGGAUUGAGCUCGCUCGUACAGACGACCGGCCUUGGUGGCAUGAAGCCCAAUUGCGUCAUUCUCGGCUGGCCUUACAGCUGGAGCAAGACGGAGAGCGAGCGCAACUGGCACGUGUUCUUGCAGACGAUGCGUGCCGUCACCGCGGCUAAAAUGGCACUAAUCGUACCCAAGGGCAUCAACUUCUUCCCGGAUUCCACGGAGAAGGUCAUCGGCGAAAUUCACGUCUGGUGGAUCGUCCACGACGGAGGUCUGCUCAUGCUUCUGCCCUUCCUGCUCAAACAGCACCGCACCUGGAAGAACUGCAAGAUGAAGAUCUUCACCGUUGCUCAGCUGGAGGAUAAUUCUAUUCAAAUGAAGAAGGAUUUGAAGAAGUUCUUGUAUGAUCUCAGGCUCGAGGCCGAAGUUGACGUUGUAGAAAUGAUGAAUUCUGAUAUCUCGGCGUAUACUUAUGAGAGGACGCUAUUGAUGGAGCAGAGAAACCAAAUGCUGCGUGAGAUGCAUCUGAGCAAAAAGGAAUCGAUAGGAAUCGCACCGUCGGAUGUCAACGAGGUACCAGACGAUGGAAACUCGACUUCGGUACAAGCGAUUGUAGAUCAUCAUCACCAGAACGUCGAACCGAAACAGACCAAAGUACGUUUCCAGGAGCCGCACAAUCAACAGACUAGCGACGAACAAACGGAUUCAAAUAAGAGCACAUCUCUCGAGGAAAAGGAAAAAGGUGAUGAGUCGAAAAAAUCAUCAGCUGAAAAUUCUCCAAAACCCGUCAACAAGCAAAGCGGCGAGAAGAGCUCAUCCGGCGAUGGAGAGGCUACUGAAAAUAGCAAAGAUCAAGAAGGCGAGGCCGAACCACUUCAACCUGGAGAGGAUAAUGUCAGGAGCAUGCAUACUGCGCUCAAAUUGAACGAGGUGAUUGUCAACAAGAGUCAUGAUGCACAGCUUGUUAUAUUGAACUUGCCAGGACCACCGAAAGAAACUAGCAUAGAGCGAGAAUCUAACUACAUGGAAUUCUUGGAAGUACUCACGGAGGGUUUGGAGCGAGUAUUAAUAGUACGGGGAAGUGGACGCGAAGUCAUCACCAUGUACUCGUGAAGAGAAUCAACGAAAAACGCCAUAGAGCAAAUAUUAAAUCACUACUUGUUACUACUAUUACUACUAAAACUAUUUCUGCAACUUCAACUAUUCUUGACCAUCUUCGAAACGACAACAAUAACAGCAGUAACAUCAGCAGCAGCAGCAAUAUCGGAACAGCAGUUCAUUUUCACCGGCACAGCUAUUACUAUGAAAAUCGUCAUCAAUAUUUAUUCCACUAACGUACGUGCGAAAACGUGUGUAACCAUGUAAAUGUAUGCUACAGAAAAAUUGCACGAGGAAUAGAUAAACGAUUGAACGAAAGAAAUUCAUUAUUCACGCCAAAGUAACGUGCCAAAGUUCAUAUUUGUGAAAAAAGGACAAGAGUGUGAGAAUGUGUGCCAUACGUAUUUUAAUUAUUACUCGCUUUACUACCAGAGAUCGCUGCAGCUUUUUUGUCGACGUGCGAGUCUAAAGCGUCAUUUUUUUGUUUUCACUCGCAAUACGCGAAUCUAUUUCUAUUUAUCCGAGAUAUUGCGCUAGCUGCUCUUUAAAUACUGUUUAUUAAUGUUGAUCUCGACAAUUAUUAUCAUCAUACGCGCAUAUACAUGACGGACGAAAUAUCAUCGUUCCUUUUAUAAUCACGUAAACUGAUAAACAAUAACAACAAUCGAGAGUCGAAAACCGUAGAUAAUACUGAACAUUAGUAAUAAGUAGCGAAAUAAAAAAUUUCAUUUUUCAAAAAGCUACAUAAGAGGGGGAAAGUAAAUUGAAAUGAAGUGUAACCUCAAGCACAGGUUACUCGACUGCACAUCUGGUUAUAUUAUUAGACACUACAAAAGCUUGUAAUUCUCAUUUGGCUUACAUUCACAAAUAAGUGUAAGCAUUUUUCGAUAAACAAAAAUACAUGAAUUUCCGCCACGUCAAAA